GGAAGAGCCUUGGCUGGUCCCCGGGCUGGGCUGGGAACUGCUGCCCUUUGUCCUCUGCAGUGGCAGUGGACUUUGGCAGUGGCGCCGGGGAGAGGAAGUGGGGCAGCAGGCCAUUGGAGCCCUUGGAUCUGCUGCAUGGAGCCCUGGGCCCCACCGCAGCCACCUCCAAUGUGGCACAGCAGAGCUGCUGGGAGUGAGCGGGCAGAAGGCCGCCACGGGACCCCACUGCCCUGGAAGCCCAUCCUCCCCGGCCCUCUGCCUCGUCCUGGCUCCUGGGACCCUGGCAGGGAUCUGCACCGGCCGGCAUCCCGGGCUGAGAGCUAUGAGAGCGGCCAUGCCUUCCGGGCCUACUCCAGGCAAGGAUAUGAAGAUCCCCACUGGCAAUACUCAGCUGCUGCCUACAGGGACAACCACGCUUACCAAAGCCACCAGUGGCAGCCCACAGCCUGGCAGGGUGACAGAGAUGUGACACAGGUUAAGCCUCACAGCAAGAGUACCGCUUAUAGGGACCAGCACUACUACAGGGGCUACCACCCCAACCUGGCUGCCAGCCCCUCAGGGCAGGAUAGGUCCCAGACCUAUGAUACAUAUAAGGAGGGCUCCAGGCAUUCGUGGGCUGGAGUCAGCAAUCUGGGGGAGGCCACUGGCCAGCCUCAAGAGCCCAGCCUGCUCCAGCAGUACCGUGAGUCAGGACUCAGCUCUAGUGGCUACGAGCUCAGCCAAUACAUUCGUGAUGGAGCUGAACCCAACGACACUGCGUUUGCGGGGGGCUGGAGCCCUGUGCAAAGAGGAGGGCCCUUGGAGUCAGCUGUGGUGGCACCCCACAAGUACCUGCAGCCACAUGUGCCAGUCUGCUUGGGAGCUGGAGGGCAACUGGUGCUGGUGUGUCCCCACCGCCCCACUGAGGGGCAGCUCCCCCUGGUUGAGCUGCACAGCCUAGAGGUAAUCCUUCAAGGCACAAAAGAUCAGGAGGAGCUUCAGGCCUUCCCAGGGCCCCUGGCCAGGGAAGAUCUGCACAAGGUAGAUGUGAUGACAUUUUGCCAGCAAAAGAUAGCCUCAAGCUGUGAUCUCUCAACACAGAGAGGCAGAGAUUCAGCUCUUCUCUGGAAACUCCUGGUCCUCCUCUGCCGACAGAAUGGGUCCAUGGUGGGCUCGGAUGUGGCGGAGCUGCUGAUGCAGGACCGCAGGCAGCAGGAGAGGUACAAGAGGCAGGAGCCGGCGUUGGGCCCCGUCAGCCUGGCAGAUGAGGAGUGGCGGCAACUCGGGACACUGGACCUCAUCACAGGGGAAGUCCCUCCUGUGGUGGAGACACAGGCACAGAUAGUGGAGAAGUUCACCAAGCUCCUCUACUAUGGCAGAAAGAAAGAUGCACUGGUUUGGGCCAUGAGAAACCAGCUGUGGGGCCAUGCUCUCUUCCUGUCCAGCAAGAUGGACCCUCGGACCUACAGUUGGGUGCUUACUGGGUUCACCAGCACGCUGGCCACCAACGACCCUCUGCAGACCUUCUUCCAGCUCAUGUCAGGAAGGAUCCCGCAGGCAGCACAGAGCUGCGGGGAUGCCAAAUGGGGAGACUGGAGGCCCCACCUGGCCGUGCUGCUGUCCAACAAGGUGGGAGACCUGGAGCUGAACCACCGGGCCAUCGUCACCAUGGGAGAUGCCUUGGCUGGCAAGGGAGCAGUGGAGGCAGCUCACUUCUGCUACCUGAUGGCAGAUAUUCCAUUUGGUUACUUUGGGGUGAAGGCAGACCGCAUGGCUCUGCUGGGCAGCAGCCACCGCCAGGCAUUCACCCAUUUUGCCACCACCGAGGCCAUCCAGCGCAUGGAAAUCUUUGAGUACUGCCAGCAGCUGCGGCGCCCCACAUCCUUCCUGCUCCCAUUCCAGGUGUACAAACUCCUCUACGCCUCCCGCCUGGCUGACCAUGGGUUGCCGGCUCAAGCGCUGCUCUACUGCGAGCAGAUCGCCAGUGUGCUCCUCCAGCAGGACCCAAACUGCCACCCUGUCCUGGCCCAGCAACUGACCAAGCUGGCUGAGCGAUUGAAGCUCUGUGACCCACUGCUGCUGGAGAUGCCUGAGCAGGACCCGGCGCUGGAGCCCGAGUGGCUGCUGCAGCUCCGUACCCACUGCCAACACUGUGAGGUGCAGGAUGACCUCACUCCAGAGGUGGCACCAACCCAGCCAGAGCCCUGGGAUAUUGCAGCCAACCCAGGCAGAGAGAUGGACCAUGAGCAGCUUCAGAGUGAUGGCCCCCAGCACGAGCAGUGGUAUCAGCCUCCUGUGCCACUGCAGGGACCUGAUCCUCACCAGGAUGCAUCCAUCCAGCCUCUGGAGGUUGCAGUGUUGGGCAUGGGGCUGACCUCCCAGGAAGAGCUUUGCCCUGAUCCCUCUCUGCAGGCAGUGCCAACAGCAGAUUCAAGUCACAAUCACCUUGUCCAAAGCAGCAAAGGACUAAAACCACCUCUAGUGGAAAUGGGGCAGGAGCAAACUGGGCUCAACCCUGGCUGUGCCUUCUGCAUCUCUCAUCUAGGCGAUGCUGAGGAGCUCCAGGAUGCCCAUAGGGUGCAGCAGCCGAUGCUGGCAGAGCCGCAGGAAUUAAGCACAAGAGCUCGCUCGGCCUCAGAGAGCUCCACAGCAUCCCUGGAGGAAGGCAGCCAGAGAUCCUCAGACAGCACUGCUGAGGAGCUGGAGGGGACACCGGAGGACAAAAGCUCUGGAUUCCGAUGGUUUGGCUGGUUUCGGUCCAAGCCCCAGAAGGAAACCUCUCCCAAAGCCACAACCUCAGGCUCUCCCACGCCAGGACUGCAGGAUCGAAGGUCCCCAUCCCCACCCGGUGCUGUCCCUUCUGCUCAGCCCCCAGCAUCCCCAUCUCCUCACAGAAGCCCUGUGUCGAUCGACAUGAAGGGCCAGUGGGAUGCAGAUGGCCAUGAGCCCAGCUCCCAGCAGCCAGGGAUGGUCCCGCUUUUCAACCCUGCACAGGUUUCCCAGCUCGCUGCUGCCCGGCCCACCCAACCCAGGCUGCUCUCACAGCGCCGCUACCCCAACCCACUGUGAGUGGGGGUCGGUGUGUAUGUGUGUGUGUAAUGCUCAGAGAAAACAACAGUGCUUUGUGGAAUGCUUUCAUCCAAAAUGG